CCGUCACCAAAGGCGGAGCACGUGACCCAACGGUCACUUGACCGACGCUCAUGUGAUGGGAGCGGAGCCGCAGGGAACUUUUUUCUUCCUUUAAAAAUGCCAUCCAAUAAAUCAGUGUCUGAUGCCCCAAUUACACAGUUUCUGAAUUGUCAUAUUCUAAAGGAUCACACGUUACAAAGGGAGGACCUUUGGGUCCGUGAGGGGAAGAUCCUCAACCCGGAGAAGCUGUUCUUUGAUGAGAAAGGUUAUGCUGAUGUUCAGAUUGAUUGUAAGGGCAGCAUCAUUGCCCCGGGCUUUAUCGACACGCAGAUCAAUGGGGGAUAUGGAAUUGACUUCUCAUCAGCCACAGAUGAUAUGAAAUGUGGGGUGUCCAUGGUCGCUCGAAGGCUGCUUUCCACUGGAGUGACCUCCUUCUGUCCAACACUUGUGACCUCCCCAGUCUCUGUCUACCAUCAGGUUAUUCCUCAAAUUGAGGUACAGGAUGGUGGUCCUAAGGGAGCAGGGAUUUUGGGUCUACACCUGGAGGGGCCAUUCAUUAGCAAAGAGAAGAAGGGUGCACAUCCUGAGCAAUAUCUGCAAACGUUCGAAAAGCACGGGUUCCAGGAUUUAUUGGAUACAUACGGCUCCCUGGACAAUGUCCGAAUCGUCACAUUGGCUCCUGAACUCAACAGGAGUGAAGAGGUUAUCAAGGAACUGGUCAGACACAGAAUCUGCGUCUCACUGGGACAUUCUGUCUCCAACCUGUCACAGGCCGAAGCUGCGGUGAAACAAGGAGCCACCUUUAUCACCCACCUCUUCAACGCUAUGCUGCCGUUUCACCACCGUGAUCCCGGAAUUGUGGGCCUUCUGACUAGCAAUGAGAUCCCUGUUGGACAGUCCAUAUUCUAUGGAAUGAUUGCUGAUGGGAUUCAUACAAAUCCUGCAGCUUUGAGGAUUGCUUAUCGAGCACAUCCCAGAGGGUUGGUACUGGUGACAGAUGCAAUCAUGGCGAUGGGACUUCCAGCAGGACGACACACAUUGGGGCAGCAGGUAAUCGAGAUUGAUGGGCUACACGCCUAUGUUGCAGGGACCAAGACCCUGAGUGGGAGCAUCGCUACAAUGGAUAUGUGUGUCCGACACCUCUGGCAGGUGGCAGGCUGUUCAAUGGAGCAUGCGCUGGAAGCUGCUUCACUUCAUCCUGCUGAGCUCCUUGGGAUUUCACAGACAAAGGGAACCCUGGAGUACGGCACUGAUGCAGACCUGGUGCUGAUGGAUAAGGAGCUAAAUGUCAAAGCAACGUACAUCGCAGGAGAAUGGGUGUGGAAACACUGUAAGGUUGCAAAUGAGUUGGAAACAGGCAGUGAAUAACAUCCGGCCCAAUAUGAGCAAGUGACAUCUGAGACUGAGUGAUAAUUCCUGGCUGGCUGGAUGAAUAGAACAUUGAACUGGACACCAGGUUCACACUGCCCACAGGCACAUUCACCAUUCUCAACCUCGAGGUUUUCACCCAUCUGUGCAUUUACCUCAGCUGUGCUAAAUUUUCAGCAUAAAGUACCUGCCUCUGUUGAUACUCUGAUGUCUCACUUGUGUCCCUCAGGAGGAUGUUGGUCAAGUUCAUCUGACUUUGUACUGGAAGCAGAUACCACCUUGAAUUAUUUCAAGGCAGGGUCUAGAUUCUAGAUUUUAACUUGAGCAUUUUCUGCCACAAUGGGAGGCAAAGGUAUUGCAAGGGGAGAGAAUGGAACUGAGUGAUGCUUUUGUAGUAACUCAACACCUGACCAUACGCAACUAUUUACUUCCAGUAAAGGUGGUGUCCCUGAAUGUAGACACAAAGUGGCUGAGAUCAGAGUAUUCUCAAUAUCAACUAUUACAUUGAUUUGAUAGUCAUGUUCCCAUCUACAUAAGAUGGUGCACAUACAGCAAAUUAAAUGUGUUGUGGAUGAGGGUAGCAGCUCAUGGUACACUUGUGCUGGAAGUUGAAGAGGCCAUCUGAGAGAAAGUUCUUUCACGAGGGCUAGAUUUGAAGCAGCUGUUAGGUGUCAUUGUGGAUUGUUGAUUUUAGUGUUGGCAGUUAUUGUUAACAUCGCUGUGAUCACUGAUUUCUAUGGCAGUAUAUGAGUAAUGUUGCUGUAUAUCUGUCUCAGCUAAUGUCCUGCAACUGUGGAACUUAAUGUUUCAAGCCUUUGUAACACUUGCAAGCAUCUUUGAAGUGGAAUAUUGUGGGUGUCCAACUGAUCAUCUGCCUCCAGCCACCUUAGCAAACAGAAUAUCCUCAAGUGUCCAUCUACCUUCCAUCUUCAAAGCUUGCCUGAGCAUGGGAAGUUGCUUCUGCUCAACAAGUGCCAAUACACCAGGGAGAUUCGCCUUUGAGAGGACCACGACAUCUGUGUUUUGUCCUUUGUUGCCAAUGCACCUUGGCAUCCAAUGAAGAGUUGUACGAGACACUGAGAACACAGGCCUCAUUAACCAGCUCCUGAUGGUAAUUCGUGUGAGUUUUGAGAGUUGGCUGAUGGCAAUAGCUACUUGCCUUAUGCAUACAACAAGUUCAGCACCAAGAGACAGAUUAUCUGCCACUGUGGAUCCAGUGGGGCAUAAUUUGCUAACCACUUUCAGCAUGAUGUCGUAACACCCUGUCCCAUAACCAUAGUUUUCUUGAUGCUUACUGUAGGGAGAAUAAGUUUUAGGCAUGGAAGAAAUAAUUUGAUGAUUCUUUCGGGCUGUUUCCACGUCUGCACCUCGUGCAGUGUCUCCAGUGUAGAGGACCACUUUGGACAGCUUCAGCAUGAAGACUGGAGUGAAAUCAGGCUCUGGGCCAGGCCCUGUUUUAGUUGUUUUGUUUUACCAUUGCUCCUGACCUUUGCCCUCUCUACAAAUGUGGAAGGCGUUUACCUGCAAACUAGGUCAGAAGGCAUGCUUUACAAUCCACCAAGAAACACAGCCUGUCUUGAUCGAAGAACUCCUCUGCAUUGAUGUUCAACCUGUCACAGCUCAGCAAUGUGUUUAGCUGGAGGAUCAGGCCUGAUAUCUACACCCUGCAGUUUAGAUGAGGACCUUAAUCCGGUAGUUCGUCAUGGUUAACCAGCUGACUGAGCUCCCAGCCAAGGGCUGGAUUUCCUUACAAUAGAGAAAAAUAAUGAGCUUAUCUGCUAAGACCCUCAUCACAUACCUGCAUACUUUAACUAUUCCAGUUCUCGUGUGUUAACCUCCCGUUUUCCACCUUCCAGAUUGAAAAUCUUCUAGAGUUUUACCCAUCAAGUCAUCCACAUCAUUCCUGGUCCAUCUCCAUGUUACAAGUCUCACCUUUUAACUUCAAGGACUACACUCCACCGCUACGUUCAAUCUCUCAAAUCAAAGGCAUCUGAUUGUCAGUUGAACAGACUCAAGUAUCAAAACCAGUUAAAGUAAACCAGAGCUACCAUCAGAUAAGCUGGAGGAAACUGAAGAUCAGAGCCUCUGUUAUUUACCAGCUGGGUUGAGAAGUGUCUGGCAAGGCAUGAGUGUCAUAGAGUAAUACAGUAUGGAAACAGGCCUCUCAGCCCAAACUGGUCCAUGCUAACCAUGGUGCCCACUCAGCCAGUUCCAAUUGCCCACAUUUAGGCCAUAUCCCUCUAAACCCUUUCCAUCCAUAUACCUAUCCAAAUGUUUUUAAAAUGUUAUUAUUGUACCUGCCCCAACCACUUUCUCUGGCAGCCCAUUCCAUAUAUACACCACUCAAGUGUGAAGUUAGCCCUCAGGUCCUCCUUAAAUCUUUCCCCUGUCACCAUAAACCUAUGCCCUCUGGUUUUCAAUUUCCUAUCCCUGGGAAAAAGGCUAUAUGCAUUCAUCCUAUCUAUGACCCUCAUGAUUUUAUACACCACAGUGUUCACCCCUUAUUCCCCUACAUUCCAAGGAAUGAAGUCAUAUACUGGCCAACCUUUCCCUAUAACUCAGGCCUACUAGGCCUGGCAACAUCCUCGUAAAUAGUCUUUGCACUCUUUCAGGUUAAGUGUCUUUCCUUUAAUGGAGUGACCAAAACUGUACACAAUACUCCAAGUAUAGCCUCACCAAUGACUCGGGCAACUGUAACUUAUUGACCCAACUCAUUUACUCAAUGCCUCGACCAAUGAAGGCCAGCGUGCUAAAUGCCACCUUCACCACCCUGCCUACCUAUGACACUGCUUUCAAAGAACUAUGUACUUGUACUCCUAGGUCCCUCUGUUCCACAACACUCCUCAGGACCUUACUAUUUACUGUAUAAAUUCUACCUUUGACUUCCCAAAGUGCAACACUUGUCUGUACUGAAUAGCAUUUACCAAUCCUCAGCCCAUCUGAUUCCACAUCUGAUCAAGAUCCCUCUAAUUUUUGAUAACCUUCCUCGCUAUCAAUGAUACCUCCUAAUUUUCUAUCAUCUGCAAACUUACUACUCAUGCCUUGUAAAUUCACAUUCAAAUCAUUUAUGUAAAUAACAAAAGUCCCAGCACUGACCCCUGAGGUACACCACUGUGACAGGCCUCUUGUCCAAGAAAUUAUGUUCAACCAUCACCCUCUGCUUCCUACGAUCGAGGCAGUCUCGAAUCCAAUUAGCUAGCUGUCCCUGGAUCCCAUGUGACCCUAACCUUCAUGACCAACCUUUUGUACAGGACCUUGUUAAUGACCUUGCUAAAGUCCAUACAAACAACGUCCACUGCCCCACCCUUAUAUAUCCUCUUGGUUAUCUUUUUGAAAAACUCCACAAAAGAUUUGUCAGACAUAAUUCCUACGCAAAAUUCCAUGCUGACUAUCCCUAAUCAGACCUUAGUUAUCCAAGUGUUGGUUGAUCCUGUCCCUUAGUAUUAUCUCCAGCAUUGUAUCACUCACGUCUGUCUCACUGGUUUGUAGUUACCUGGCUUACCUUUGCUAAAAUUAGCCACAAUCCAGUCUUCUGGAACUUCACCAAUGGCUAAAGCUGAAGCAAAAACCUUUGCCCCGAUCCCUGCUAUUUCUCCCCAGCCUCCCACUUUGUCCAAGGGUGGAGUUAAUCAUGCCUACGGGAUUUAUCCAACUUAAUGCGCUUUAAGGCUACAAAACCUCCUUUCUGGUAAUAUGUAUGUGGCCCAAAACAUCCCCAUUUGUUUCCCUUAGCGUCCAUGAUUCUCUCCUCCGUAAACACGGAGGAGAAAUAUUUGCUAAAAAUCUUCCCCAUCUCCUGUGGCUCUACACCUAUAUAGCCAUGUUGAUCCUAAAGGAGACCUAUACUCUUCCUAGCCACCCUAUUAUUCUUAAUAUAGCUAUAAGAUCUCUUGCGAUUAUCUUUAACCUUAUCUGCCAAAUCCAUCUCAUACCUUUUUGAUCCUCUGACUUCCCUCUUAAGUAUGUUCCUACACUUUUUAUAGUCAUCUAGGGAUCACUUGAACCUGAAAGCUUAAACCCAAAGUAUGCCUUUUUCCUGACCAGUGCCUCAAUAUCCCUCAUCAGCCAGGGAUCCCUAAAUCUGCCAGCUUUUCCCUUCACUCUAACAGAGACAUAUUAGCCUUGGACUCUUGAUAUUACACUUUUAGAAGCUUCCCAUUUUCCAGUCAUUCCUUUUCCUUCAAACAGACUCACCCAAUUGACCUCUGCUAGACCCUGCCUAAUAGCCCCAAAAUUGGUCCUGCUCCAGUUGAGUAGAGCACCUUAACCUGUGGACCUGUCCUAAUUUAUUCAUAAUUAUGUUAAUACUAAGAGAGUUGUGGUCACUGGACCCAAAGUGCUCUCUGACUGACACUUCAGUCACUUACCUGAACUCAUUUCCUGAGAGGAGGUCCAGUGUUGUGCUCUCUCAAGUAGGGCCCUUUACAUAUUGAUUUAGGAAACUUUCUUGGACACAUUUGACAAAUUCCACCCUAUCUGGGCCUUUUACACUCUAGGUGGCCCAGUCAGUUGAGGGAAAAUUAAAAUCUCCAAAAAACACUCUUCUAGUAUUCCUACAGGUAUCUGCAAUCCCUCUACACAUUUGCUCCUCUAGAGCCCAUGGUUAUUUGAGAGUCUAUAAUAUAGUCCUAACAAAGUGACUAUCCCCUUCUUGUUUCUAAGUUCUAACCAAAUACCCUCAUUUGAUGACCCCUUAAGAAUAUCCUCUCUGAGCACUCUUAUGUCCUGCCUUAUCAAAAGGGCAACUCCUCCUCGCGCACUUAUACUUCUGUCACGCCUGUAGCUUAUGUACCCUGGAAUAUUGAGCUGCCAGUCCUGCCCUUCUCUCAGCCAUGUUUCAGUUAUAGCUAAAAUAUCCCAGUCAGAGCCAAUCCAUGCUCUGACCUCAUCUGCCUUUCCAUGGCCUCUGUACAUUGAAAUAAUUGAACUUUAAACUAGAAGUCUUUCCCCUCCCUUUACUGUGCCCCUAGCUAUCCUGAAUAGUAAACUUGCUCUCAAUGGCUAAUGACUUCUUGUUGGCCUAAUUAUUAUUAUGAUGUAUUAUUAAUCAGAAAAUGAUUUGUAUCCGGUCAGAGACUAGAAUGCUGUCCGGUAGGGGUUGGUCAGUCAGUCAAUCAAUCAGCAUCCUGAUGAGGUCAAUAUGAUUGGGGUACCACAGGAUUUACUUGGUGGUGGGACAAUUCCUCUUUCCUAAGCUCUCGGCCACUGUCAAGUUUCAGACUUCCAACAACUUGUCCGCUCCUCAAAUCCCACUGUCCUGUCUGGCAUCCAGCAGGUGUCAGCCUCUACCUGUGGGCUUUCUGUGAAAUAAUAUACAGGAAAAGAAUCACAAAAGUCAACCGUAUUUCCAGCAAACCUAUCAACAUCAGUUGGUGACAAAAUUCCUUUUAAUUAAAUAAACUUUCAAUCAAUGGUUUGCAGCUUGUGCUGUUAUUUCACCAAUUUUGCCCUUGCCAGCUCUAGCGCAUAAUUUUUUGUGAACUAAUUUAAUUUUGCAAAUUGAUUUCUUUUCUCUCUGUUUUCGCUACACUGGUUUUCGGCUGGCAUGAUAUAGACCAGGAUGAGAAGGUUCAAUGCUGCAAAAUAAAUGCACUGCUGCUGACUGCCUACACGAGGUCCAACCCCAACUGAACCUGAUUCACUGUGAGAUUAAAUACUUCAAGGGCAUUUUCCUAGUAAGUUGAAGCAGUUGUGUUUUUAGCAGCUGAGCUCAAACCCCAGCCUUUGUCUCCUUUUGAGAUGUACCUCUUUUUUUAAAAAAACUACCUCCAUGACCAAACUUUUGGUCAGGUGCACAGUAUUGCCUCCUUUGCCUUUGUUAGUUUUUAUCUGAUUAGCCUGUUUGAACAUCUUAUACAUUAAAGGUGCUAUACAAACACCAAA